AUGGCGCGAGACGAGGAACUCCUCUCUCUGUCCAGCUUCGGCGAGGACCUCAUCGCGAGCGGGACCUUCUCCUCUCUGGACUCCCUCGACAUCUUCUCUGCCGGCACACUCACCAACCCAAAGCGCAAGCACCUAGCAGUCACCCCCGAUGUAACCCCUGCCCCAACUCCGAAGUUUCCCCCGCUGGCGGGCUGGGCUACCAUGUCUCGAUCACUAUCAGCGGCAUCCCCGGAGGUCCCGAUUGCCCCCGCUAACGAGCUGAUCAUCGGCGGUGCAGUCGUGAACAACGUCGCGCUUGUGGUGGGGGAGUCGAUCUCAAGCGAUCCCGCGCCCGAGCACAAGGACCAGGAUCUGUAUAGUGAUGUCAAGGUCCUGCCGGUGCCGGUGUCUGGGGUCCACCGAGGCGGCGGAUCGCUCCUGGUCGCCUCGAUCGGCAAAACAGCCGCGCCGCCCAUGCUGCUGCUGCCAGCGGAGAAUGAUGCGGAAAUUGCCUUCCCGGAGGCAGCGAAGCCGGUCGCGCUCCCGGAUGUCAAGAAAGAGAUCACGGCGGCGAAGGGGAAGGUUGGGGCCGCCGCGGUUGAUUCAUAUGUUCUCAGUGGCGACAUCAAGAACUUCUUCGGCAUUAAGGGGCUGAAGGCCAAGCUGUAUUCCUUCAGAAGUGAGGAGAGUCAAAAGAAAGAGGACAAGAAGAAGACACAACAGGGUGAGAAAGACGGCGACGAGAAGGAGGGAGAGGAGCCCAAACCGGACAAGAAGCCUGCGGUCGGAUUGGAGGAUCCCAAAUCAAACCCCAAGAAAGACAAAUCGGAAGAUUCCGAGACCAAAGGCAAGAAGGACGGACAGGCAAAAGAAAAGGACGACAAGAAAGAUGAGCCGAUCCAAGAAAAGGUCAAGCUGAAGGAUAUGGAUUCUCCGCUGGGCAUCCUCUUCCCCGAAAUCGAGCAGUCGACUAUCCAGAAACUCCCGCUCAAGAACCUGGAGUUUACCUACAGCAACAAGGAGAAGGACAGUCUUUUCCCGGUUGGACUGCGACUCGAGGGUGAUUUGGAGUUUAAGGAUGGAUUGCAGUUUGUCUCGGAUGGGCUCAAGAAUGUCUUUGGUGCCGACAAGGGGACAACCCUGCCGUCCAAGUUACGGGUCAGCGCGUUGAUUGCCAAGGAGCGAGACUGGAGCAAGAAGCCGAAGAUUGAGGGCUUGGUCCUGCAGGCGUAUGCGGACAUGACGUUGCCGAAGUGGGAUUUCCUCGAGUUCAAGACGGUAGGCAUUGAGUUGUCGGCGAGGAAGGAGGAGAAGAAAAAGGAUGACGAGAAGGAGGGUGAGAAGGGUGAGAAGGGCGAUAAGAGCGAGCAGAGCAAGCAGAGCAAGCAGAGCAAGCAGAAAAAGGCCGACAAGGAUAAGGAUCAAAAGGGCAAGGUGAAGGAUGCCCAGCCUGAAGAAGGUCUCGAGUCUGCAUCCCUGGAAGCGGUAGCCAAGGUGAAUGUGCUCGAAGAUGAAUCCAGCCCUGAAGAUCCUGUCGAAGUUCCCAAGUCAAAGGAAACUGAGCCCAAGGCGCCGGACGGAAAGGACAAAUCAUCCAAGGACAAAGGUAAUGACAACAAGAAAGACAAAGAAUGGAAACUGGGAUUCGGACUAUUCGGCAAACUGAACAUCACCAAACUGCCCAAGUCGAAGGGAACCCUGGAAGCGAGAUACUGGAUCCGAGGAGGGGACUGGAAGGACACAGGGGAGGAGAAGAAAGACAAGAAGGAUAAGAAGAAGGAUGGUAAGAAGGACGAUAAGAAGGAUGAUACGAGAGACGACAAGCAAGAUGGUAAUGAUACAGACAAGAAGACUGACCAGGCAGGGAAUGAAAAAGAGGAGAAGAAAGAUGAUAAAGCUGUCGGAGGUAAGACAAAAGCAGACAAAGCAGACACUCAUCCAAGAGCCAAGAAGGACGAGAAGGCCGCGAAGAGCAAGAACGAAAAAGACGAGCAGGGUGGUGGAAGCAAACAUGAAUUGCUCAUCAAUGUCGGCAAGUGGGAUAACUUCUGCGGUGUCGCAAACCUGAGUAUGAAGAAAGCGGAAUUGCGCGCCUUCUUCGAACCAGGAGAGUUCAAAAAGACUUGCACGCUGACUGUAGCUGGCUCUCUUGAGUUCCCCCAGGGUAGCCUCGAUAAGGAGGAGAAGAAAGACAAAAAGAAGGAUCACGAUAGAGAGGAGCCGAAUGGCAGCACAGAAACGGCAGAGAAGGACACCGAGGAGAAGGCCAACGUCACCUUGAAAACAGAACCCAAGCCGCCAGCCGCAGCUAAAGGCCAGGCCAAAGGAAAGGAGUCAAAGGCCGAAGAGAAGGGGAAGGAUGGCGACAAGAAGGAUGACGAAGAAAAGGAGCCAAAGAAUGCUAACUUGGAGAUCAAAGGCCAAUUGUCCAGAAAAGAUUAUCAUUUCGACGCCAAGGUGGGAAACUUGAAGCUGGAGUCUAUCUUGAAGAUCUACGCCCAUAUCCAUGGAGUUGAACCAAAGACUGAGGGCAUCAAGGACCACAAUUUAACCUUCGAAGAGCUGCACCUCAAUAUUGGUAGGAAGCUGAAAAAGAAGGCGGGUGAGAAGAAAGCAGACAAGAAGAAGGGAGAUGAGAAGAAGGAGGACGAGAAAAAGGGGGAUGAGGAGAAGGACGAUGAGAAGGAGAACAAGGGGCUCAAAGACAGCGAGAAACCCCUGACUGAAGAGAAGAGGUCUGCAGAGGAAACUGUUGCGGACAAAUCCAGCCUAAAACCUGAGGCCAAGGAAAGGAAAGAAGAGGAAGCUGCAGUGACUGACGCGAAAGAAGCAACCAAGGGUGACCAAAAAAGUGUGACUAAGAAGGAAAAUGAGGAAGAAGAGACGGAAUGGUCCUUUGAACUAUCCGGCAAAGUGAGCUUUAACGACGUAAAAAGUGUGCACGGCCUGAUCAAGUACGACAGCACUGGCUUGACCAUCGAAGGCGGGGUGGAGGAUUACAAAGGCCUCUCGAAUGAGUCUGACGCCGCUGGUGGCGAGUCAGCCGUUGCGAAAUCAUCCAAACAAGACAACUCGGGGACAAAGGACCUUGUCAAGAAGGAUACCGGCAAAGACAAGGAGGUCCUUCUCAACCGGGCCAGCACGUUCUCCAUCAGAGGCAAGGUCACCUUCAGUGGAGUGACUGUGACGGCGGCCUUCCUCACCGAGCGUAAAGAGACAAACAAAAAGUCGAAGCAGGCUUCCGAACGCGAGUGGAUGAUUUAUGGUCUGGCUGAUACGGACCUCUGCCUGGCAGAGCUUUGUGACACGCUUCAAGGUACCCCCCUUGAAAACCUCAAAUUGCGGAACGUCGCCGUGAUCGCGGCAUCUGGCGAGAUCAAGUCGGUGAAAGAGCUGAACACCCUGAAGUAUCCGGUCCGGAAAGGAAUCUCAUUAUGCGCGACUAUACCACCCCUCGAUGAGCUCAACACCCUUGCCAAGGAGAAGGUGGAUGGAUUAGUUCUAUGUGCCACCAUUCAGCAGAAAUUGGAGCUCAAGAUCUGCUUGCCUUCGUCAAUGGAUAUCCAUUUUUCCCCAACCGUAACACUGGGCGAUAUUGCAGUCGGCAUUGAGAUCAGCAAGAACCCUAGCCUGUCGCUCGAGGGCGUUUUGACUAUCCUGAUGGAGUCGGGUCAGGAUCCAUUAGUCCUCGAGGGAAUGGUCCGAGCAGGGGUACUGGAGGCCUCCGCUUCUGUUGCGACUAAACAGCCCUGGGUGAACCCGUUCAACGUCAGCAAGGAGGUCACAAUCGCAGACUUCCGGGUCGAGAUACUAAUCGAAUAUGCCAAGUUCCUGGAAGUCGGUCCCUCGAAAAUUGGCCUCGGAGGGCAGCUCGAAGUUGGAGAUUUUGAGGCCGGGGCAGCAAUGGUGGUGAGCCACUUCCCCGACGACCAGCUCAUCUCUGUCAACAUCUCCGAAGUCGACCUCAUCAAAAUCGUGCAAGUCGCCGGCAAGGUGGCCGAGAUACCGCAAUUGGAAAUGAUGACGGGAGCAGAGGAAACAUUCGUGUUCACAGACGCCAAGUUGUACGUCUCGACGGGGGCGACCAUCGCCGACAAGAAGUACCCGCGAGGCAUCUCCGGCGGCGGCAAGCUGACGGCAUUUGGCAAGACGGCCGAGUUCGAGCUGAGCAUCGGUGCUGCGGGACUGGACUUCAAGGGCGCGAUUGACAAUUUCAGCUUAGGCCCGCUCGUGGUCUCGUCGGCCAGUGGCGAGCCCCGGGCGAGCAUGGUGGUACUCAUGACCAAAGAACAGCAGAUUGUUAAAAUAGAUGGCAUGGUGACCUGCUUUGGAGUCGGGCUGGUUACCCUCGUGGACAUCCAGCUGGGAACGGAGACUCCUUCGUUCAACGCCUACAUUGCUGUGCAGUUUACCAAAGCGUUCACGAUCAGCCUGCAGGCCACGACCACGGACUUUAGCAGUGUGCGUGACCUAGCCAAUCGGGGCCUCGACUUCCAGGCUGAGAUCCGUGGCGAUCUGUUUGACAUGAUCUGCGAGAGCAUCAAAAACAUGAUCAAAACGAUCGAGAAACUGGGCACUGAUGGCAUUGAGUCCGUGCAGAACCUCAUCGGGGCCAAGGUUGCUGAGAAGCAGGCCGAGAUGGAUCAGCUGGCGAAGGAGCUGGAGGAUGCACGGGUGAGACUUGAGGCAAACCGUACCCAGCGUCAAGUGGAGAUCAACAAGGAGGAGACGAAGCGGAAACAGGCACAAGAUGAGAUCGCGCGAUUGAGACAGAAUUUGGCCACUGCUAAGAAGAACAAAUCCAAGGUCGAAGCAGAGCUGAAGCAAAAGGUGCAGCGGGCGGAACUCGACAAAGAGGCUCUCAUUCAGCGGAAGAGAAAGGAGUACAGCGACAAACUGGAAGCGGCCAAGGCAGAAGAGGCUCGAAAUCGCAAAGAGCUGGAGAGGCUGAAGAGGGAACAAGCGAACCGAUAUGGAACGGACUUCCUGAAACGGGCAGAGCUGGCUAAGGGCGCCUGGUAUGAGAAGAUGGCCGUCGAGAAGGCCUCCUGGGCGGACGUCCAAAAAGCCUAUUGGGCGAAAUGCAAUGCGAAGUGGUAUAAUUUUGUCCCCUUGGCCGCGGCACUGGAGGCAGAGAAGGGACGCCACGAGAUUGUCAAGGCAGCUACCGCCGUCUACCAUGAAACAGCCAAGGGAUUUGAUGCCACAAUCAACUCUGAUGCCUUUCAGGGGCUCGUCACCGGAAUAGAGAAAGCGGCUGAGGCAGCUGAGAACGCUGCGAAAGGUAUCGAUAACAUUAUCAAAGGCGGCGGAUUCGACGGUUUCGUGAGGGCCUUUGUAGAGACCGAAGACAGAAAACUCCAGGCAGCGAUCAACAAUCUCCAUGCGAUGCAAAGUGAGAACAGCAAGUAUCAGAAGGCGAUUCGGGAUGCACAAGCCAUCCUCGACAAGAAUGGACCCAACCUGGAAGCCGAGAUUCGAGCUGCGGAUGAGGCAAUCACCCGCAUCCAAGAAGACGCAGAGCUCGCGAAGCUCGAACGAGAGUAUGAUUAUCGGCUCAAGGUCCAUGAAGAGGUCCACAAUGCCAUCAAGCAGAUGGACGCGGGGCUGGAAGCCCUCAAAAAGGACUGGCAAAAUGGCAUGCAAAAGCUCCAGGACUUUGUGAAUGAGAUUCAAAAAAGAAUAUCCUCCGUCUUCCACAUCGAGAAGAUUGUGGUUGGUGUCCACACUCAUGCUCUGGUGAACAAUAAGCCGCUCCUGUUCAAAUUCCACGGUACGGUGGCUAAUAGGAGGUUUGAGGUUGAGGCGGAGUGGUCGCCAAAGAUAGCCAUCGGUGACCUUCAUAAGAAGGUAACCAACGAGAUCUUGAAGAUUUGCUAAUCGGGUGCGUACUUCGCGAAUGGCUCUCUCUGUACACGAAGGGUUGGACUAUGCGGCAAUUCAUGGUCUUUGAUUAGUCCCUUUGGAAAAUAUUAGGCGCGCUAGCUAGAGCUAUCCUGGAAUAAGCUAUACAAAUUGUCUUUUGCAGUGGAGCAGUGAGGUCU